UCCGAAACGCUGUCGUUUGCUGUAUAAUGUGUAUGCUACGAAACCAAUGGCGAGAUUAAUACCAAUGGCCAUGGCAGCCUCUCUACUCCCCCACAUCACCUCCCAUACUCUUCCUCUCAAACCCUAUCUCUGGCCUUUUCCUCGCUCUCCAACCCCGACAACUCUCCUCUUCCUCAGACCCUUUUCUCUCGCCGCCCGCUCCGUCAACUGCUUCUCCGUCCCCCAAACUCCGCGCUCUCCAAACAGCUUCAAUGGAGAUGUUGGCCCUUACUUGUCCUGUUCUAUGCCCCAUCAGAGCCUUAAAGUCGCCGUCUUGCUUAGCGGUGGCGUCGAUAGCAGUGUCGCCCUCCGCCUCCUCCAUGCCGCCGGUCACUCCUGCACCGCCUUCUACCUCAAAAUUUGGUUCCAAGAAGACUUUGAGAACUUUUGGUCAGAAUGCCCAUGGGAAGAAGACUUGAAGUAUGCAAAAGCUGUCUGCAAUCAGGUUGAUGUCCCACUAGAAGUUGUGCAUUUGACGGAUGAAUAUUGGAAGAAUGUGGUUUCCUACAUUAUUGAAGAGUAUCAAUGUGGCAGAACUCCUAACCCUGAUGUUCUUUGCAAUACAAGAAUAAAAUUUGGUGCAUUCAUGGAUUCCAUCAACAGCAUGAAGUUUGACUAUGUGGCAUCUGGGCAUUACGCAAAUGUUGUCCACCCACCUGCAAGUCAAACGGACAAAGAUUCUGUUCUAGAACUCUCACAAGAUAUGGUGAAGGAUCAAACAUACUUCCUUUCAAAUCUUUCUCAGGCCCAGCUUAGGAGAUUAAUAUUCCCACUUGGUUGUCUGUCAAAGGAUGAAGUUCGCAAACUUGCAACAAAGUUUGAUCUGCCUAACAAAGACAGAAAGGAUUCACAAGGAAUAUGCUUUCUAGGGAAGAUUAAGUUCAGUGAAUUUAUAGCGAGACACAUAGGGGAGAAGGAAGGUGUCAUAUUGGAAGCUGAGUCAGGAGAUUUCCUAGGAAAUCAUCGGGGGUUUUGGUUCUACACAAUUGGUCAACGACAAGGUCUACGCCUCCCUGGAGGACCCUGGUAUGUUGUUGAGAAGGAUAUAAAAAACAAUGUCGUUUUUGUGUCAAGAAAUUACUUUUCAGUUGACAAAAGAAGGCGCCUGUUUCGUGUAGGCUCCUUGAAAUGGCUAAAUGGUUUGUCCCCAAACCAGAUCAGUCAGCUAGAGUGCAAGGUUAGGCAUGGGCCUGCCUUUUGUAAGUGCAGCUUUAUAAUGGAACCUGGUGAAGAUGGUCAUGAAGAUGUUGCAGUUGUCCACUUGUCUCAAGAUGAUCAAGGCCUGGCAGCUGGGCAGUUUGCGGCCUUUUACCAAGGAAGAACCUGCUUGGGCUCCGGUGUAAUUUUGGAGUCUUGGGAUGAUCAAGGUUUUCCAGUGUGUGCAAGAGCCCAUGAAAUUGCAAGAAUGGAAGAUAAAUCACUUCUCGGUAAACCAGUUAAGAUAAAAGUAGAGCCAGAGAAUCUUUUAAGAGAGUCUGGUGAGGUAGAUGGCGUGGAACUUUGCGGAGGACUGAAAAAUCCUGGAAUUGCUGCUACUAAACAACCAAUGCAGGUAUCUCAAUGAGAAGCAAAAACCCGAUUCCUUGUAAAUUAGCUGCGGAACUUACAGAGAAGUAGUUGCACAUAUUCUAGCGUUUUUACAAAUGACUGUUCAAUGUAGUGCUUCGGUCUUGCGAUGAUCCUCUGUUCAUAUGUUAGGAGUAGUAGUAGUAAAAUUUGUUCAGCAGAGUUUGCAUCGGUCAUAAGGAGUUUUGGCCCUUGGUGCAGCAAUUUUUUUCAAGCAGUCUCUAAUGUGAGUCCUUUGCCAAGGGCGGCAUCGUAGUUUUCUUUCGUGUUUAUGUGUUGAAUCCUGAUUACUUGAUCAAAGCUGCAUGAAUUUUCUGAAUUGAAACUUGUAAUCUUUAAAUCGUAAUCCCAUUCCGUCAGCCAAUUCCGUUA